CACGCCUCCCGCUGUGCAGUUGGAUAAUGUUCUCUGUCUGAGGUGGAGCCUUUUAAAUUCUCUCAUUUACAGAGUGACAGGAAAAAGAGCUAGAGUGUUCCUAGACGCAGGUUAGCGUGACUAGCACUAUGACUGAUGGGGACUAUGAUUACCUGAUCAAGCUUCUGGCUCUCGGGGACAGUGGCGUUGGUAAGACCACCUUUCUCUAUCAAUACACAGAGAAUAAAUUCAACCCCAAGUUUGUCACCACAGUGGGAAUUGACUUCCGGGAAAAGAGACUGGUGCACCAUGUUGGAAGCUCGAAUGGAAAAACAGGGAACCCCUUUAGAAUCCAUCUACAGCUCUGGGACACAGCUGGACAGGAAAGAUUUCGAAGCCUCACCACAGCCUUCUUCAGAGACGCCAUGGGAUUUUUAUUGGUCUUUGACCUAACGAGUCAGCAGAGUUUCCUCAAUGUGAGAAACUGGAUAAGCCAGCUUCAAGCAAAUGCAUAUUGUGAGAAUCCAGAUGUAGUUUUAAUUGGGAACAAAGCUGAUUUAUCAGAUCAGAGGGAAGUGGAGGAGAAGGAAGCAAAAGAGCUUGCAGAUACAUUUGGAAUUCCAUACUUUGAAACUAGUGCUGCCACUGGAGACGGGAUUGAUAACUCUGUACUGGCGUUGCUGGACUUAAUAAUGAAACGCAUGGAGGAGAGUGUUGACAAGAGUCAAAUACCCGAUUCAGUCAAUGGGAAUGCUGGCCAAAAACUUGAUGUUGCCGAUCCAAAUGAGAAGAAGUGUGCCUGCUAGAGACCAGCGUCGUCCCACCUAAAGAUGUUUUGCAUGCGUGAAUGGUUCUACAGAAAGUUUAUUUUCCUAUCUCAUCGGGUUUUUUUUACACUUAUGCUGCCCAUCUUCACUGUAACUAGGAGAAAUAGUUGUAGAUACCACUGUUUAGGUAUUGUAGAAGUUGUCUCCAAGGUAUUUUAGUGGGAAGAUUUCAUCCGUGAAUGUAUACCUCAGCACACAAAAUUAUCCAACACAGUCAUAUAUGAAUGCCACUAAAAAUGCUUCCUGCCAAAAUGCUGAUGUUGCCAAAUAAAUCAUAUAAGUUGAUUCCUCUGAUAGAGCAAAGGUGAUGAGAAGGCUGUCAAGUUGCAAAACGCCACAGCAAACUCCCCUGCAAAAUAAAUUACACUUCAAUCAAAAGUCAGAGGAUAUAUCCAUGAAUGCAAUCUUAACUGAACAAUGAGCUCUCCUUAUAUAGAUUUGUCUUGUUACUUUCAGGUAUAUCAGGUUCUUUUGAGGUGUAAUCAAUGUUUUUGUUCCCCAAAUUUCCAACUAAUAAAAAGCUUUGAGCUCCAUCCAACCCUUCAUAGAAACAUAGAAAACAGGUGCAGGAGUAGGUCAUUCGGCCCUUCGAGCCAGCACCGCCAUUCAAUAUGAUCAUAGCUGAUCAUCCAACUCAGUAUCCUGUACCUGCCUUCUCUCCAUAC